UGCUAAUCUUAUAAUUUUAUUAAGCCUAUAGGCUAAAGGGCCAUUAGCGGUUGGGUAAAAUAGUUAUUUGGGAUAAGAAAACUGCAUAACUUCUAGAUUUAGGAAGGAAUCAAAUUUUUGUAGAAAACCCGUGUCAAAGUGUUUCAGUUGCAAGAACGUAGUUCCCUUGCCAUAUUUUUUUCUCAUUACACAGCUGAUAAAAGCCGUCACGGCUUUACCGGCUUGAUGCGGACUUCGGAACAAUGUGAUAUCAGGUCAGAUGUCACCGAUGCUAGCCGAUAGCAUGAUCAAGUUGUAAAACACCAUGUGAUGCCGACGCGAGUAGCUCGGCCCGAGGUCACUGUUUUUUUUGCUCUAAUUGCAAUAAAAUUGCGUCGUUGAGAUCGGCCAGUCGCCGAUCGGCGGUCUGAUGCAUAGUAUCCGUGUUUGUAGUGUAGUGAAUAGAAUAGUUGUAAGAAUGGUUUCGACUAAGAAUAGUUAUGAGGACGCAGUUGGUAAAUUAAACAAGUUGCAGUCGAAUAAAUCGACAAUAGAACAGAUAAGGAAGGAAAAGGCUGGACAUAAAUGCACAAAUGUAGAAGACAUGGAAUAUUAUUUGAAGAGGACGGGUGUGUCUCUAUCGAAAUUGGACGAAAUGUCUGUGAUACACGUCGCCGGGACCAAAGGGAAGGGUUCAACAAGUGCGAUGUGCGAGUCGAUACUCCGUCAUCACGGGUUCCGCACAGGGUUCUACUCCUCGCCGCACCUCGUGGCGGUCAGGGAGCGGAUACGGCUCGACGGGAAGGUCGUCUCCGAGGAACAGUUCGCGCAUUACUUCCACGAGGUUUACGGGAAACUGGAUGCUAGUAAGGUAGUUGCAUUGUAAAUGUAAUAUUAACAC